AACACUACUAUAUAACAAAUAAUUUGAGAGAUGACGUGGUUAUCGGAAGAGAUCGAGAAGUGUGUGGUCCUGCUCGUGGCUAAACAGAGGUGUGGUGACUGCGAUGCUGCCAAACAGUACUGUCUCAAGGCAGGGUUCACGGAAAGCGAGAUCAUUAUACACGAGGUCGGAAUCAGAAGGGACGGAACAGAAAUCCUGGCGGAAGCGGGAAAACUUACCAAGUCUACAUCCUGCCCACUUAUCUGGGUCAGGGGGAAGGUACUGGGCGGGUUGGAGGAAGCUAGGCAGGCCUGGUUUGACGGCACUCUACCUAAAGCUAAGUACGACAUGGUUCUAGAACAGGCUGCCCGGGAGAUGGUGGCUCACAGUGCCACUACUAAUACUCUGGUCGUGUUCAGUAAGAAGACCUGUCCACCUUGUACAGAGGUCAAGAUCAUGCUCGAAGAAGCUGGUUUCACGAAGGAACAAACGAAUGUUAUCACCAUUUCGGACUGGCCGUCCAUGGAUCACAUCCAGGAGCAUUGUAGACAGAUAACAGGAGAGAGAUGGACCCCCCGGGUCUGGAUUAACGGCAAGGCAAUGGGAGGGAUCAAAGAGGUAAAGCCCAUGUUUGAAAAUGAAGACCUGCACGCGCUAGCGGACAGUCUGGCAGGGAAAUCGGGUCCGGUCAAGUUGUAGACACCCAUAAGAGACAAGUCUAGAGGGAUUGAAUUAUGUGAAAAGAUUCGCUGAAUUUUUCUUGAUUGAGUGUUGAUUAGUAUUAGAGGUUUCAGAGUAUUUUACCUUGCACGGAUAUAGAAACAAGUUUAAAUGCAGAUAUUAUUAUUGGUAAAAUGAAUUUUCAGCUAUCAAUUUUAUUA